AUGUCUCUUUGUUUCAUUGUUCUCUGCUCAAAAAAGAAAUCUGAAAAAGAUUCCAAAGUUUUGCCAAGCGAUGAAAGUAGUUAUGGAGGUGUGAAGAGUGAUAAGAAGAAGAAAAAGAAGAAAAACAAAGUAGAACCGAAGGCAGAGGAUCAAAACAAUGUCCAGAAGGUACCAGAUGAAAAUGAGAAACUAAAAAGUGGUGAAAAAUCGAAAUCCAAAUCGAGAAAAGUAAAGACAAAAACCACCCAAGAAGCUGAUUCUUCGUCAAGGAAAAAGAAGAAAUCGACGAUUUCAAAGGCAACUACUUUGGAAGUUCAGAACGAAGUGAAAGCGAAUACUCGAUCUGGAAAAACACAGAAUAUUGGAUUGGAUGGAGAUGUGAUCCCAGCAGAACUCUGUGGUAAAAUGGAUAAGACUAUAGUGGAAGUUGAUAAUCCUGCUAUCCAUGAUCGCGUUACGCGUGUUGCUGAAAGUGAUUUAAUUUUCGACCCCAAAGUUAUAAAAUACCAAGGAAAUGUUGAUAAUGAAAAAAAUAAAUCGGAAAUUGAAGCGCUCGAAAAGGAAAUGGAAGCGGCUUGUGCACAACACGAAAAACGAAACAGAAAUCCCAAUAAAAAAUCGGAAGAUUCAAAGGAAUCACUGGAGAAUGUUCCCGCUGAUAGAAGAGUUAAGAUGAAACCGGAGGCAUGUCUUCUUUUUGAAACCAAAGAGCAACAGACGGAAGAAGAUGAAAUUCAUGAUGUUCAGAGUUCUACUAAAAAAAAACAGGGUUUCAGAUAUAAUAUUUCCAAAUUGAGUUCAUGA